AUGAGAAUCGAGGAGUUGGUUCUAGAGGGCUUCAAGUCUUAUCCCGUUCGAACUCAAAUCACCGGCUGGGACCCCUCCUUCAACGCGAUUACAGGGCUUAAUGGCACAGGAAAAUCUAACAUCCUGGACGCCAUCAGCUUUGUGUUGGGCCUCACCAACAUGUCCACGAUGCGUGCGACGAACCAAGCCGAACUCGUUUAUAAACGUGGCCAGGCAGGCAUCACCAAGGCUAGCGUCACAAUUGUUUUCAACAACUCCGAUACAACCAAGAGUCCUACUGGUUAUGAGGCUCAGAAGCAGAUCACAGUAACGCGUCAGCUCGCGAUACCCAACGUCAACAAAUAUCUCAUCAAUGGGCAUAAGACCACGCAGCAAGCUGUUCAGUCUCUCUUCCAAUCAGUACAGCUGAACAUCAACAACCCUAAUUUCGUCAUUAUGCAAGGCAAAAUUACCAAAGUGCUCAACAUGCGACCGCAGGAGAUAUUAGGAAUGGUCGAGGAAGCAGCAGGGACGCGCAUGUUCGAGGAUCGCAAAGACAAGGCAAUCAAGACUAUGGCUAAGAAGGACAAGAAGGUCCAGGAAAUCACGUCCCUCCUGAGGGAAGAAAUCACACCAAAACUUGACAAGCUGCGAAAGGAAAAACAGAAAUUCCUCCAGUACCAAAAGACCGAGUCAGAAUUACAGCGUGUUCAGCGCGUCUUGCACGCCUUUGAAUGGGUCGAUGCUGGACGGCGGGUGGAGGAGGGCAAAGAGAAUAUUGCGACUAAUAAGGCAAAGUUAAAGGCUCAAGAAACGGAGAAGGCCGAGCUCGAAAAGGAAUUCGAGUCUGCGGAAAGAGACAAGGCUGCGGUCGAGAAAAAACGUGACCAAGAGCAGAAGAAAGGGGGCAAAUUGGCAAAGUUGGAAGAAAGCGUGGGCGAGCUGGAUAAAGACCUCACCAAAAUCCGUACACAGGCCGACAUCAAGAAAGAGUCGAUCAAGGACGAGGAGCGGCGCGUAGAGACAUGUAAGAAGGAGCUGGCCGAGCUCAAAUCUAAUAUUCAUGAGAAGAAAAUCGACGUCGAGAAGGUCAAUGCAUCUCACCAAACUGUCACGGGCAAGCACAAGGGCCUCACCGACAAGCUUUCUGCCGCAGAAGAACUUCUGCAGAGUCUUCUCACAGGUUUAUCCAACAACAAAGCCAACAAUACAACUGGUGGUGGCGGGUAUCUUGGUCAAAUAGCGGCAUCCAAACAACAGGCUACCCAGGCUGCUGCGGAGGAGAAGCAGAAUCGUACGAAGCUCGAAAUGAGCGAGGCCGAUUUGAAAAAUGCCGAAUCUCAAUGGAAGGCCGUUGAACGCGAGGCGGGAGAGGGAAAGAAGAAGCUCGAUGCUUUGCGUGCCGCCGUGGAGACAUGUCGCCACAAAAUUGCUCAGAGUGUAUGGAACCAGCAGCAAGAGGACGACAGCGAAGCCCGUUCGCGGGUCUUGAAAGGCAAAGUGCGCGCAUUGGAAGACGAACGAGAACGCAUCCAUCAAGGCCUCAGCUUCCUAGAUUUCCGGUACAAUCUUGGUCCAUCAUUUGACCGCAGAAAGGUCAAGGGGCGUGUCGCUCUGCUUCUGUCUUUAGUCCAAGAAAACUAUCCUGCUGCUCAAGCUCUCGAGAUUGCAGCAUCGGGGAAACUACACAGCGUCGUAGUCGACGACGAGAAGGUCGGCAAGGCGUUGCUUGACAGUAAACUCGAAAAGAAAGUUACUCUUAUUCCUCUGAACAAGAUUGAACCCCGUACUAUUUCUGACCAAAAACUCCGUGCGGCAAAAGGUAUCGGCGGAGAGAAAGUUCGGACAGCCCUCUCGAUGGUUCAAUACGACGCAAAUGUCCGGAAAGCCAUCGAAUACGUCUUCAGCGACACUCUCAUCUGUGAUGACCCCAAGAUCGCAGAAAAGGUGACAUUCGCCGAUUCCGUUCGCGUCCGCUCGGUCACCAUAGCUGGCGACUUGUACGAUCCUUCAGGCUCGCUUACUGGCGGCGCGCCUCCUUCUUCGAGAGCAAUCCUAGUCAAUGUCCAAAAGCUAUUAGAAGCUGGCGACAAGUUGGAGGCAGCGAAAAAUGAGCUAAAUGACCUCGAGGCUCAACUAAACAAGUCGCAGAAAGUCAGAGACGAAUGGCGCGCACGUGUCAAGGAAUUGGACAUGAAGGAGCACGAACUCCGAUUGUCUGAAGAUCAAGCUCAAGGUAGUAAUGCAACUCAGCUCGCAGCUCAAGUCGAGACGUUGAAGCAGACCAUCAGCCAGCUCAAAGUUGCCAUUAAAACUGCUCAAGAUAAACAAGCCGAGGCUAAGGCGGAAACGACGAAACUGGAGCGCGAUAUGGACGAGUUCAAAAACAACAAGGACGGCAAGAUCGAUGAGCUCAAGGCAGACAUUCAAAAACAAAAGGCAGCCUUGCAAAAGCACUCAGUCAUCAUGAAAACCCAACAAAAGGACCAUCAAACCGCAGUGUUGGAGCUUCAACAAAUGGAGACUGAUAUUGAAACGGCGGAUACGGCUGUGUCGGACGCUCAGAAAGGCGUGGAGAGCCUCCGGCAAGAGCUAGUAAAACUCGAGAAAGAGGUCAUAAAGAAGCAGACCGCGUAUGACGACGCUAACAACAAGCUCCAAGAGGAACGCGCCACUCUGAAGAGAUUCGAUCAUGAACUACAACAACUUGACAAUCUAAUCAAGCGAAAAAAGCAGGCCAUCUCAGAAACUGACCUUGUUAUAAGUCAACUCGGGAUCGAAAAACAAAAUCUAAAGAAAGAGGUCGAGUCGGCGACAAAGUACCUUGAAAGGCUAGAGAAAGAGCAUGAGUGGAUUGAACGAGAGAAAGACCUCUUCGGCCAGAGUGGUGGCCAGUAUGACUUCUCAGAAAAUGAAGGACCCGCGUUAAAGGCAAAGGUCGACGACCUUACUCAACAGCAGAAGGGCAUGAAGAAGUCUAUCAAUCCAAAGGUUCUAGCUAUGCUCGACAACGUGGAAAAACGAGAGACGAGCACCAAGACAAUGCUUGACACGGUCCUUGCAGACAGAACGAAGAUCGAAAAGACUAUCGAAGAACUCGACCGAUACAAACGAGAAGCUCUCGAGUCGACAUGGAAGAAAGUCGAUGGUGACUUUGGGGGCAUCUUUGCAGAGCUUCUCCCCGGAAACUAUGCCAGGCUACAACCUCCAGAAGGACAAGACUUGAUGGACGGUCUUGAGGUCAAAGUCAGACUGGGUCAAGUUUGGAAACAAAGCUUAACCGAGUUGAGUGGCGGCCAGCGUUCACUUAUCGCUCUUUCACUUAUCAUGUCCCUUCUCCAAUUCAAGCCUGCGCCGAUGUACAUCCUUGACGAAAUUGAUGCGGCGCUUGAUUUGUCGCACACACAACAUAUCGGCCAACUGUUCCGGACACGUUUCAAGGGGUCGCAAUUCAUCGUCGUUUCUUUGAAGGAGGGACUGUUCACCAACGCUAACGUCCUUUUCAAGACUCGAUUCCGAGAUGGGACUUCAAUUGUUGAGCGAACCGCUCAACGGUCGACCUCAGGUGGUGGAAGCGAUGAGGCAGAGGGCUCUCGACGUAGGUAG